CGUGCCUCUGGGCGAGAUGAACGUUAGUGUCUUGUCUGAAGUACACACGACGAUCGCUGUUGAACCGUAUACAAGGAUUUAGGGGAUAACAGUUUCUCUUGUACAAUUUCUUAGAAAUAUCAUCUUCUUAUUUUUACAUCUGGUAAAAUUUCACGGUGCUAAAUUAUGCUACAUGGAGGAAUUCUAUAGUGUUGUGACAAUCGUAUUCGGAUUGCUAUCCCGUGGGGUGGCGUUUGUGAGGGUGUGACCCCGGUAUGGCACAAGUCAGCCCCGUGGGACACAAUCAUAUUGGGGCUACUGCUGAGGAGGUAGGGGGACAACAAAAAGGCGUGGUGAACGGAACAGCCAGUCUUACGGACUUGGAUCACAAUUCUCAGUACUACAAACCUCAAGUUACAACUAUGCCUUCGGCUUUCGGUAUCAUAGACUCAGAGGACCGUCGAGAUGUGGUCAGCAGCCAGGGUUUGGGCCAACUGGUCACUUCAAGUGCGGGGUCAUUUCCCCCGGCCCCGAGACUUUCCCACACACCUACAUCAGAUUUCCAGCCUCCGUACUUCCCCCCUCCCUACAAUCUACCAUCCCAGCAAAGUAUGGAAUUCCAUCACCCUCAUUUUAAUACGGACUCUUACUCCCAUCUGGGAAGUUUCCAUCAGGGAACAGUCACACAACAGCAUUACCACCAGCUUCAUACUCCCGACUCCCGGAACGUACUCCGCCCUCGGGAAGAUGGACUACACAACAUGCACCAUGGGCUCCCGGCCCCUCACGAUCCCCGAAGGACCGACUACGGUGGGAUGAGACGUCCGGAUAUUCUUGUUCCCGGUGGACACCAUCUGGGUUUUGAUCAGGACCCAACCAUAUUAAAUAUACACACAGGAAAUGGUUUACAAGUUUUAGACGACGGCGUUCACCAGGCUGGCUUGGAAGACACGACUAGCUUCAUCUCAGGGGAGCAUAACCACAGUGUGAUCCGUAAAGGUAUCCGACAAAAGAAUGAAAACAACAAAGAUCUUGUGAUCUCCGGUGUUUCAUCGCCAAGCGACGUGUUCUGUUCUGUCCCGGGUCGUCUUUCUCUGCUUAGUUCCACAUCAAAGUACAAGGUCACAGUAGCGGAAGUACAAAGGCGGUUGUCUCCUCCUGAAUGUCUCAAUGCAUCACUGUUAGGGGGUGUUCUACGCAGAGCCAAGUCUAAAAAUGGCGGACGGUCACUUCGCGACAAAUUGGACAAGAUUGGUCUUAGUUUGCCCGCUGGACGGAGGAAGGCAGCCAAUGUCACGCUGCUGACGUCACUUGUCGAAGGUGAAUCCGUGAGGUUAGCUCGUGACUAUGGUUAUUUGUGCGAGACGGAGUUUCCAUCAAGACAAUGCGCAGAGUAUAACUGCCGUACAUACACAGAUCCCGCAGACCAAAUGACCAGGAAAAACAUGAUUUUAGCCACAAAACAAAUUCUCAAGGAAUUCAUGGAUCUACUAAACCAAGACAGAUCUCCAUUAGGAAACACCAGGCCACAGAUGAUCCUGGAACCAGGGAUACAGCGUCAUCUCACUCACUUCAGCCUCAUCACUCACGGAUUCGGGUCACCAGCUGUCGUUGCCUCACUCACUGCAGUUCAAAAUUAUCUGAAUGAGAUGCUGAAAAUUUUAGACAAAAAUUAUUCCACAUCUCAAAAUGCUCAGGUACCAAGUGGACAAUUGGACAAUGGAAAGACAAAACAGGAAAAGGAUGAAAACAGAAGAGAGUAGCUAUCAUAUUUUCCAUGGACAUAAUUGGAGAAAAAACAUAACUGAACUUCCGGUUCAAUGUCAAAGAAGUGCUUGAACAUAGCAUUAAUUCAUCAUGCUUGAAACGCAAACGGUGCCGUGUUUUAUAAAAGUGACAUCAUUAAAUUAUUUCACAAUGGGAUAAUAUACAUAUAGGAAAUCCAGGUGUCUUUCCACAACGGACAAAGAAUGGAAUCUGACGUAAACUAUGAAUAUAUAAGAGACUCAGCAGGACUGAAAUACCACAAAACGACCGAAUUAUAGCGAUUGUAUUUCUGGUAUUACCCAUCAUGCGUUGGGGCCUUGGACGUUUCCGUUGCACGUGACUUGGGAGCACUGAGAGUUGUAAGUGCCUAUUAUGUUGCGUUUGUCCUGCCCUUUGUGUUAUGAAUUAUGUCUCUUUAUCCAAGUCAGUUAUCCUUGAACAUUAUUUUGCUUGGUCGACUUUUCUACCCAUACCGUUUUAGAAAUAAAACGAUGAUUUUAUUGGUACAGUGGCUAGUGUGGACGAUAGUACCAGUACAAGGAUACCCGAGUUCACCAACUGAAGUUAUACGGAGAAUGGGUGUCGUUUUAUACUGGACAUGGGUCGCUCAAAGUGGAUUUGUGUUUAGAACUUUACUUCAGCAUUCCGGAUUUCUCUCACCUUAAACGGGUCGACAUAUUACAGUCAUUGUAUCACAAUUUUGUUGUAUAUUGAAAUAUUUUGAAAAUUAUUAUUAUGUGAUUAUAAUUUAAAUCUCUAGUCCAAGUUCAUGUUUGUGUCGCAUUUAUUUUAAUUUUCAGCAAGCUGCAAGGCGAGAGUGUACAUUUUAAUUUAAGUAUAUAUGUGAGAAUCUAGAGUCACCUAUGUUUUAUUUUGAGAUGUGUAUGUCUUGAAGGAUUUUUGGGGACAUUCCUCUAACAUGUAUAGAAUAUGUCUGACGAUAUCUUUUACGAAUCCUCUUACCAAAUGUUUUAUGUAAGAGAGGUGGACAGAAUCAAAUAUAUUCAAGUCCAUUUCGUUACCCAAUGAAAUGGAUGAUAUGCGAAUCCUAAUAAAGUUUAGAAAUUUCA